AUGAUCAUUGAUCCUUUCGACCAGUAUACACCCAAGGAGACGGCCAGCGGUUGGACCAAUAUCGUCGAUUUGUGGUUCGACCUUGGGCAUUCUGUAUUGUGGCUCAAUGACUUGGGUUUGAACAAGCGAAGCAAAGGUAACGUGGCUAUUGGGAAUGUCCUCAGCCAUUUGUCUACUUUGUGGCAGGAAUUUAAAAAGGACAAAGAGGGCCAUGGGCGCAUAUGGCUUGGCCAGAACAAAAUAGAGGAGGAGUCAGAUUGA